AUGUCAUCAUCAGAUAACGACGACCUUUAUGUUGGCUGCAAAGCCUACGUAGAAGGCGUCAGCACCUCUUACGGCUAUAUCCCGACAAAAGGCGCCGGUAUUGCAUUCUGCAUCCUGUUCGGACUGUCAAUGGUCCUCCACAUCAUUCAAUUCUGCUGGAAACGAGCGUGGUGGUGCAGUCUAUUUAGUAUUGGGUGCAUGGUGGAAGUACUAGGAUGGGCAGGUCGUACCUGGGCAGCUGACUGCCCGUACAACUCGACCGCGUUCAUGAUCCAAAUCUCAACACUGAUCAUUGCACCAACUUUUUUCACUGCCGGAAUUUACAUCCUCCUUGGUCGUUUUAUUCAAAUAUUCGGUCCUGAAUCCUCGAUGCUGUCGCCAAAACUAUACCUCUGGAUCUUCUGCACCUGUGACGUCGUUUCCCUGAUUAUCCAAGCCGCUGGCGGAGGCAUGGCUUCCUCCGAGUCUAACGAAGUCAACGGCGACACCGCACCCGGCACAAACACCAUGGUCGCCGGUAUUGUGUUCCAGCUCGUCUCCUUGACGAUAUUUGUCGUCUGCGCUGCCGACUUUCUCCGCCGCUCGCUGCACCUUGGGCACCUCCGAACACUCACCACAGGCAAAUUGAGCUACCAGCUCGGCGCAAUGGUGCUUUCGGUUGUCUGCAUCUACAUCCGUAGUAUCUACCGUACCAUCGAGCUCUCGCAGGGCUGGUCAGGCUACCUGAUCACCCACGAGUCCUACUUCAUCGGGCUGGAUGGUGUCAUGAUGGUCAUUGCAGUUGUCGUGUUCAAUAUCUUUCACCCUGGAUGGCUGCUUCCUUCUGAGAUCCUUUCUCCUGUCCCGAAGGAUGAGACUUUUCUUGAGUUGAGGGAGCCCGAAGCACAGAAGCUGAAUACCAGCACAGAGUACACGGGAUAUGGGCAUCGCUAA